UAUUGCCAAAAAGCGCUGCCGUAGGUCACAGGGGACCUCGCACGGCACGGAUAGACGAGAAAUAAGAAGCAGCCAUAACACGCAAAAAGAGCUCCGCAAAAGCAGCGGCGAGCGGCCAUCAGCGGUAGGCCAAGACAGCAGCAGUGACCAUGGCGCUAGACGCCGCGGAUCACGCGGACAUCAUGAAGCUCAGCCUCGAGGAGCGCGUCGCGCAGCGCGUCAAAGACGUAAAAACCAUGACGAAGCGGCCCUACGCGCCGGCCGCGGACCCGCUCCCUCCAAAAAGUUCGGAGAACCGCUUCGCGGCGCCCACAAAUAGCUUCGCGCUCGGGAGCGCGGAGCGGCCAAGGAGAAGGAAGCCCCGGGGGCGCGCGACGAAUGAUCUGAAUGACGUCUGGGCCUCGCUGGACAAGCUCAACGAGGCGGACGAGGCCGACGCGCUCGACGGCGUCACGUUGGAUGAGGACUUGUGUGCCGCGUUCGACGCGGCGGCGAAGAUUGCUGACGACGACGAGUACGACUGGAGCGCCGGAGCGACGAGCUUCGCGGAGCUGGCCGUCGAGAAGCUCGAAUUUGGCGUCUCGCUGCUGCCGGAGGCGUCCCUCGAAAAUGAUGCGGGGCCCUACCGCGACCAGGAGCCUCUACUAGAAUCGUCGGACGACGAGUCGUCGGAGGACGACGCGCCGCCGGAGAUCGACGAGGUCCUCGAGCAAGAAAGAGAAGAGGCCGAGGCCUUCCGGAACCGGAGAUUGGGAGAGGCGCCUCCAGUCGUGGCGAGGGGCAAAGGCAAGCUCAAACCCAAGGCCUCGCCGACGUGCGUCGCGGACUUCGCCGAUUUGCAAUCGGGCGAGACGUUGGAUAUCACAAAACUCGAGGAGGCCUGCGAAAAGGAAAUCGUCUACCCCAGAAAUCCUAACCGCAUGAAGGAUGAGGAAGCUACAAAGCGGGGCGAGGCCAUCGCGAAGCAUUACCGGGCGCAGAUGGAGCGCAAGGAGGCUAAAGAACAGCGACGUCGGACGCGUGCGAUGCGCGGCCGCGUGCUCGGCGAGGACGAGGCGGACACGUCGUCGUCUGAGGAUGACGACGGCGCCUUGCGCGAGCCCAUCCCGCCGGGCGCCUUCGACCACGGCGGCGCGUCUACAACCGCGGAGCCGCGGCCGUCGCCGUUCCCGGCCUGGGACGACAGUAAGAACGUGGCGGAGAACCUCGACGCGUGCCUCGCGCGGCUGCGCGUGGGUGCGCCCCUGGCCGACGCGGACGUCGCGGGCACCGCCGGCGCCGCCCUGGUGAACGAGCUGCCGCCCGACUUGGAUGGAGAGGGCGCGUUCAACCCGGCGCUCGGGGCGCUCGCGGACGACGGCGGGGCGUUCGCGGACUAACGUGUGGUUUUGAGA